GCUUAGGAUAAUAUAGCUUUCUGUUGUACAAAAAUAAAAUAGUGAAGAAAUAGACUGGUAUUGGAAGAUUUCUUUAAUUUGUUUUUAAUUCUAUAUGUUAGAAAAAAAAGAGGUCUCUUUUAACUUAGAUUUUGACAGAAAAAAGAUUGAGAAGAGAUCAGAAAGAUGGGUGCUUGUGCUUCAAAGCCAGAAAGUUGUGUAGGAGGGAAGUUAAAGUUCUCAAAGAGAUACAGAAAGACAAGAAGAUCAAGGAUAAAGAAGAGCUUAUCACUUAACAAUAAGCUUGUUCCCAUUAAUGAGUCUAUUGGCUUCAAUGAUCUUCCUUCUUAUAUUAAUCCCACUUUUAGAGUCAGCUUGGAUGAGGCAUGGUUUGAUUCCCACCCUGUGUUUGAAGCUGAUUGGGAUGAAGAUUUUUACAGCAUUCAAGAAGAUUCCCUUUCCACAAUUAGCUCUGAUCAAAGCACAUGCCCAUCAACUUUUUCAUCCCCCAAAUGCCAAAGUCCUGUUUAUGGUUGUUUUUCUGCUAUGUCUUCCUUUAAUCUUAGACAACCUAAAGAACAUGUAGAUGUUGAAGGAUUACAUCAAAAUGCUGAUGAAACUUCUUUUAGCUAUUAUUGCACUCAUUCAGAACAAUCUUUGAAUGAUCAGAAACAUGAAAAUGAAUCAACACCUACAGAAUUCUCUUUUGGUUGUAAUCAAGACUUUUCUGAUCAAACUAUACAAAUUCGUCGUGAAAAUUCGUUGAGUUUGCACACUAAGGACUUGAACGCUUCCCAAUUAAAGUCGCAAAGUAACCUAUUCGAUGUGAGGCCUUCUUUGUUUUGGGUAAAAGUGUGCAAGCAUAGGGAUGAACGUGAAGAUCAUGGAAGAGUUGAUGAUUCACCGGGUGUUGGUAACUAUGCCGGAGUUCCAACUUCGUGUUUGCCAUGUCUAACGAUUUCAAGUGUGUCGGGUGCUGAUAGAAGGAGAUCUGUCAGUCCUAGCCCUCCCGGUACAAGGAAGAAGGCGGGAUUGAAAGUGCUCUCCUUUCGGUGGAGGGAUGAUCUUACUUCUACUUUAGUUUCACCAAGGGCACCACUGCAAAGACCAAUAGCAGGUGCGCAGAUACCUUACUGCCCACCAGAAAAGAAGAUGUCCGAUUGCUGGUCACCUAUCGAUCCAAGCACCUUUAAUGUUCGGGGUCAUAGUUAUCUUAGGGAUAAACGAAAAGAUUUAGCUCCGAACCAUGCUGCUUUUUAUCCAUUUGGUGUUGAUAUUUUUCAGUCUCAUCGAAAAAUUAGUCACAUUGCUCGUUUUGUGGAGUUGCCACCCAUAUAUUCUUCAGGAAAAAUUCCCCCUGUCCUAGUUGUGAACAUUCAGAUACCAUUAUAUCCGGCCUCAGUUUUCAGUCGCGAACACGAUGGAGAAGGAAUGAGCAUCGUUCUCUAUUUUAGGCUUUCGGAAAACUUCUCAAAGGAUUUGCCUCGUCAUUUUCAAGAAAACGUUAGGAGGUUGAUAGAGGAUGAGACCGAAAAGAUCAAGAGUUAUUCAUCGGAGACAGCAGCACCCUUUAGGGAAAGACUAAAGAUCUUGGGUCGGGUAGCGAACUUGGAAGAUCUUAAUCUGAAUAAAGCGGAAAAAAAGCUACUCAAUGCUUACAAUGAAAAACCUGUCCUAUCACGUCCUCAACAUGAAUUCUACUCGGGCGAAAACUACUUUGAGAUAGAUUUGGAUGUGCACAGAUUUAGUUAUAUUUGUAGGAAAGGUCUUGAUUCCGUUCAAAGCAGAUUAAAGCACUGCGUUUUGGAUUUUGGCCUCACCAUUCAGGGAAACAAGCCUGAGGAUUUACCGGAGCAUCUGUUAUGUUGUGUAAGGCUAAAUGAACUCGACUACAACAACUACCGUCACUUGUCAGUAAGUAUGAGUUGAGAACUUACGAAGCCCCGGAAGGUCAGACCUCAGAGUCAUGCUGUUUUUGUAACUUGUAUCUCCAUUCAUAUUUGAUGAUUCCACCCCAAACCACACUGAGGAAGGAGGUGUGAAUUACUGAUGUUGAUUCUGAUUGUUCUUUAUCUGCUUUUAAUCUUAUUUUUGGCAGUGUAUACCAAACUGUAUGUAAUUAAACUCACGCGUAGUUGUAACAAUAUAACAAUGAAUGCAGAAAGAUGGAAAUUUUCUCACCGUCAAACUUAUUUUAUAUAUACAACAACAAUGUCAGAGCCUUAUAGCAUGUUUGAAUCAGCAAAACAUUUCCAAUUAAAAAACAAUAAGGAUGCAAGUAACUAUCGUUCUUUUCUCAAGCUGUUUAAAGUAUGUAGGAUUAUUGGUAUAAAAUUGUGUAGAAUACCCGGUAAAUCUUACUGUAUCAUACUGUCGCCGUUCAAAAGUGUCUUAACGAACGAGUUCACAGAAGAGGGUUCAGCAAUCUGAGCUGUAAUUUUACAUUUUAAUCAAGCCAAGCUUGUCGUCCGUACAAGGCGUUAUGGUGUAACUUGUAA